AUGGCGUUAUUCAAGAGACAGCAAAAUAGGGCGCCGUGUCCGGGUGGGAACGGGACCACAAUAGGCAGCGUUCAAGAAUUCACCACCCUCUGCAACACGGCACUUGAUGGAGACGUUCUCAUGCAACUCCCCGCCUUCGACUUUACGACCUGCGUCGACAUUUGCUCCUCCUCUCACCCGAAAUGUGACGGCGCAACUUUCUCGGGAGGACAAUGCAUGUUGAUGGCAAACAUACGCCGACAGAGCCAGCGGCGUCGAAGAACAAGAGACUCCGCCAUCGCUUCAUUCCCCAACGCCAGCUCGAACUGCGUAACGCUGGGCGGUUCCCAGCGAGCGCUAGGGACCAACUUCACCACUAUGUGCGGGUUCAUUAUCAAUGGCAGCGAUAUCGGCCAGAACUUUGCGCCCACCUUCCAGGACUGCCUGGGCCAGUGUGCAGCCACGCGGGGCUGCGCGGCCGUCUCGUAUGACCCGAGCCUGAAUCUGGGCUUCAAAAACUGCUACCUCAAGACCAACAUCGCAAACCCAAACACCAUCGCGGCCGACCGCCGCACCGACUCAGCCUUGGUGGCUGCCGCAGCGGCGGAUCCGGCGUCUUCCUCUCCUCCUCCUCCACCCACCUCCACCAGCAGCCCUUCACCAGCACCACCACCACCACCUCCGAGUUCCAGCAGUGGUGGAGGAGGUGUGUUCUUCACCCCACCACCAGGGGCUACCACAAACCCGGCACCCCCUCCAACAACAACACCACCACCAAUCUCGGAGGAAUCAUCACCCAUUCCAUCCUCUCUCUCCCUCCCAUCACCCUCCGAGUCCACUCCAUCCGCAACAUCCACGACCUCUACGACCUCCACACCCCCCGUACUAAACACAAUCCCCUUCAUCUUCCCCAUCCCCACCCCCAGUCCCAGCGAUAGCACCGCACCCGACGCCUCUGGAAGUAACAGCAACACCGCUGGGACCGAUACCUCCAACAUGGCAUGGGUCGCCGCGCCCGUGGUCGGCGGUGUCGCAGCCAUCGCACUAGUCGCCGUAUCCUUUAUCAUGCUCAGGCGACGACGGCGCGGGAACGGAGGGCAGGAGAAACGAAAAGCCUACCGUGGGGGGAGCGGCGGAGAACAGGGGUAUUGGGCGGGACAAAGCAGAGCGGGGAAUUUUGCGCAAGUGGAAGCUUUAGGAAGGAGGAGUAUGGAUGUUAGGGGUAGUGUGGUGGGGUUUAUGACGGGGCGGCCGAUGGGAAUGGAGCGGUUGGAGGAUAUUGAAGAGGGAGAGGGGAGGACGAGUGGUGAGAUGAAGAAUGGUGGAGGUGCCAGUCGAGGCGAAGGUGUGGGACCGAAGGGGAAUGGCAGGACGACGGAGUUGAGGGCGAGUUAUAACGGGCUGGGACAGAAUAAGUGGCCGCAGUGA